AUGGUGGCCGUGGGCGAAUGGUGGUGGGUGCCCGACGAGGAGCAGUGCUUCGUGCCGGCCCGCGUCACCUCCGUCGCCGGCGCCGACGCGAGCCUCGACGCCGACGGCGCGCCGGUCUCCUGCCCGACGGCGAAGCUCACGACCAAAAUCGACAGCCCGGACCUCCUCGACGCCCAGCUCGACGACCUCGUGCAGAUGGACCAGGUGAACCAUCCCGCCAUCAUCGACACGCUCCGGCGCCGCUACCGGUCCGACAAGAUCUACACGGGCAUCGCCGACAUCCUCGUGGCCAUGAACCCCUUCAAGUGGCUCCCCGUCUACACGCCGGCCCACGUCACGGAGUACGCCAAGGGCGACCAGGAGGCGCCGCCGCACCCCUUCAAGACGACGAUGAACGCGUACAACGGCCUCCGCGAGUCGCGGUGCGCGCAGGCCAUCCUCAUCUCCGGCGAGUCCGGCGCGGGCAAGACGGAGACGACGAAGCAGUGCCUCAAGAUGCUCAGCGAGUGCGCCGGCGGCGGGCGGAAGGGCGAGGCGGGCGUCGAGGAGCGCCUGCUCUCGACGAACCCCGUGUUGGAGACGCUCGGCAACGCCAAGACCGUGCGCAACGACAACUCGAGCCGCUUCGGCAAGUUCAUGCAGAUCCACUUCGAUUCCAACUUCCGCAUCGCGGGCUGCGACGUCGUCGACUACCUCCUCGAGAAGUCGCGCGUGACGUCGCCGGGCCCGAACGAGCGGUCCUACCACGUCUUCUACCAAUUGUGCAAGAUGGCCGCGGGCCGCAAGGGUUUGGUCGACGCGAGCGAGUACCCCUACCUCGCCAAGAGCGGCUGCGUCGCCGUCCACGCCAUCGACGACGGCGAGGAGUGGAAGGCGUUCACGGCGGCGCUGGCGCGGUUGGGCUACGUCGCGGGCGAGGUCGACGAGCUGCUCGACGCGUGCUGCGGCGUCCUCCUGGGCAGCCGCAUCCACUUCGCCGAGGGCGCCGAGGAGGGGUCCAACGUCGUCGGCGACCUCGACGCCGGCGGCAAGCGGCGCCGCCGCGGGUCCGCGGUCGCGGGCCACGCCAUGGACGCGUGCUCCGAGUGCGCGGAGGCCUUCGGCGUGUCCCACGACGCGCUCGCCGAGUGCCUCACGCACCGCACCAUCAGCGUCGGCGGCCAGGCUUUGAAGGCCAACCUGAACCCGGCGGACGCCGAGGACUGCCGCGACGCGCUCGCGAAGCACGCGUACGGCGCGCUGUUCCGCGCGACGGUGCAGCGCGUCAACGCGGCGCUCGCGUCCGCGUCGACGAGGAAGGGCGGCGUCGACUACAGCAUCGGCGCGCUGGACAUCUUCGGCUUCGAGAUCUUCGUGCGCAACUCCUUCGAGCAGCUCUGCAUCAACUUCUGCAACGAGAAGCUCCAGCAGCACUUCACGAAGCACACGUUCGACCAGGAGGUCGCGGUCUACAAGGCCGAGGGCGUGCCCUUCGCCGAGAUCCACUACAUCUCCAACGCCGACGUCAUCGAGCUCCACUACGCGGGCGUCGUCAAGUACGAGGUCGAGGGCUUCCUCGUGAAGAACAAGGACCGGCUCUACGACGACGUCGCCGACUGCAUGUGCGCGUCGUCCAACACGCUCGUCGCGAACCUCUUCGCGCCCGACGGCCCCGUGGGCCACAAGAAGGGCUCCAAGGUCACCUGCAGCGGCCGCUUCGUGAGCCAGCUCGGCGACCUCAUGCGCCUGCUCAACGACGCGGAGCCGCACUAUAUUAGGUGCAUCAAGCCGAACAAGGCGAAGAAGCCGGAUCUGUUCGAGGGCACGAUGUGCUACGACCAGCUGAACUUCGCGGGCGUCUUCGAGGCCGUCACGAUCCGCCAGCAGGGCUACCCCUUCCGCUGCUCCCUCGCGGACUUUUACCGCCGCUUCUGGCUCGCGGCGCCGCCGAACACGCGCGGCCGCGGGGGCCUCCCCGCGCCGCGCGCGGUCAUCAUCGACGACAAGCCGGGCAAGCGCCGCAGCGUCGCCGCGCUCCUCGGCGAGCUCGAGAAGACCCAGAAGGCCGGCGAGCCCCGGGUCUCCGAGUGCAAGGUCGGCGCGUCGCUCGUGCUCUGGCGGUCGCCGCAGCAGCAGCCGCUGCUCAAGAUGCGCAAGAAGGUCGAGUUCUACGUCGCCCUCAUCAUCGGCACGGGCGCCCGCGCGCGCCUCGCGAGGAACCUGCGGCGCGUCCUCGCCUUUGCGGCGGAGCGCUACGCGGAGGCCAAGCGGAAGAAGGACCCGGAGCUCGUCGACGCCGCGCUCGCCCAGAUCGGCGCGCCGCGCUUCGAGAGCCGGGACCUGCGGCGCCUGCGCACGCUCAAGGAGAAGCUCGCGCGGGAGAAGGAGCUCGACGCCAAGUUCGAGGAGCUCGCGCGGCGGUCCAUCGACCAGGUCGACGACCACUUCGAGGCGCUCGUCGAGGAGGGCCGGCGCCUCGAGCUCGACAGCGCCGUCUUCAAGAAGGUGGACCAGAUGUACGCCAUGGUCGUCGAGCGGCGCCGCGCCGUCGAGGGCGCGCCGGGCGAGCCCGACGAGGCCGCGCUCCGCGAGGCGCUGGGCACGCUCGAGCGCCUCGUGCGCAUCUACGGGCGCAGCGCCAUGGGCGCGCCCGAGGAGGCCGAGGGCCGGGCCUUGCUCAGGGCCCUCGACGAGGAGAAGGUGCGCCUGCGGGAGCUCGCGGCCGCGCACGACGCCGCGCGGAUCCCGCCGCGCGCGUCGCUCGACUGGUUCGCGUCGUCGCCCGCGGAGCUCGCGCGCGCGGCCAAGGCCCUGGAGCAGCACCGCCUCGAGGCGUCGGGCGUCGCGGCGAAGCUCGGCGCGGCGCUCGCGGCCGCGCGCGCGGCCGCGGCGGCCGCGCUCGCCAAGGACGGCGACGCCGUCGCGGGCGACGACGCGUGGGCCGCGUGCCGGAGCGCGUGCGCGGCGGCGCUCGCCGCGGCGUCCGGCGACGUGUCCUGCAGGACCCAGGCCGACGUCGUCGCGGCCAUCGUGGCCACCGUGGCCGCGGACGCGGACGCGACGCUCCGGCUCUGCGCGGCGCGCGAGGGCCUCGCGGCCGCGCUCCGCGACGCGCUGGCCGCGAGCCCGCCCGACGAGGCGAUCCUGCGGCGCGCCAUCGCGGCGGCGGCGGAGGUCCACGGGGCCUACCCGGCGGCCGUCGCCGCGCCCGCGGAGCUCUGCGCGGGCGACCUCCUGUGUGGAAAUCAACCAGCUCGACUCUC